AUGUUUUGGAUAGUUGUUCUGAUGUCGUUUGGUCCAGUUUGGGGACAAACCUACGAUUGUCCACAACACUGGUUUGAUUACGGGGACCACUGUUAUCAUUUUUCCUUCAUCCCUCGCAAGACGUAUUAUGAGGCUAAGGAGCUGUGUGAGGAUUAUGGGGCUGCUUUAUUGAGUGUGGAGACCACGUCAGAGGAUGUCUUCAUCAAGAACUGGCUCAGUCAGAGAGAUCAGUCAAGGAAUCUGUGGUUCACAAGUGGUAUUUACGUGGGAGAUGGAGUGUUUAUCUGGCAGAGUACUGGGGCACCGAUUGAUCACCAAAGUUACUGGAUCAGUGCAAGUGACAUGUUGAAGACAGGAACCAACGUCGUCUAUGGAUAUUCUGGAAGCAAACAAAGCUAUGGAUGGACAAGAACUGAAGGCAGUCAUACUCUUCCUUUUAUUUGUGAGAUUCCAAAGAAGGAAGUGUACCGUAUUAUACAGGAGAAAAGAGAAUUCUCGUAUGGAACUUCUCAUGUGAACCCUAAUUUAGUACCACGGGGCCCGGAGAUGUAUAUUGACCCCAUGGACACAGAGAUACUGGGGGUGACACGCCUUGUGUUUAUGGAGUGUGCAGCGAAGGGGCAGCCCCAGCCAACCUAUAUAUGGACAAGGAACUCCUCACAAAUUGUGAUCACUGCCGCUACCGACACCCGUUACACGCUGACAAAUGGCCGCCUGUCAAUCCAGGAUCCUACUGAAGGCAAAGAUGCAGGACAGUAUCAAUGUGAAGCUGAAAAUCGAUUUGGAAAAAUAAUCUCCGCUCCCGUACUCCUCUCAUUUGCGUUUUUAGGAGGAUUCACUAAUGUGGACAGAGCUCCAACUCGCCCAGAUGAAUUUAGUGGUGCGAUAUUGGAAUGUCCUGCAAUUCAGAGUCGCUCCAAAGUGGGCAUCAUGUACCAGUGGAAAAGAGAACGAGAAUUUAUCAUCACAGAUCUCAGUCCAUACAUGUUUAUAUCACGUGACGGGAAACUUUACUUCUCUGAGGUGACACGUAGUGAUAACGGGGACUACUACUGUAUUGCUACCCUUGCUAGUCCAAGUGAAUCUCAUAACUAUGUAGGGUCAGCUCAAGUUCCCAGUCGUAUCAGCAGGGAGAUAAAUUUGGAUGUGAUACCUCAACCAAGCCGAGAGUCAGCGGUACAGAUCCAGGACAGCUUCAUUCAGGUGUUUCCACGGAUACCAAUAGAAGGACAGACACUUGUGCUGGAGUGUUUUGCCUACGGCUCUGAACAGAAAACUAAGUCAUCAGGUCUUAUACAGACCAGUAAGAGAAAACUUUCAGGUUUUAUUCAGGCCAGUAAGAGGAAAUUUUCAGGUCUUAUACAGACCAGUAAGAGAAAAUUUUCAGGUCUUAUACACGCCAGUAAGAGAAAAUUUUCAGGUUUUAUACAGGCCAGUAAGAGGAAAUUUUCAGGUUUUAUACAGGCCAGUAAGAGAAAAUGUUCAGGUUUUAUACAGGCCAGUAAGAGGAAAUUUUCAGGUUUUAUACAGGCCAAUAAGAGAAAGUGUUCAGGUUUUAUACAGGCCAGUAAGAGAAAAUGUUCAGGUUUUAUACAGGCCAGUAAGAGAAAAUGUUCAGGUUUUAUACAGGCCAGCAAGAGAAAAUGUUCAGGUUUUAUACAGGCCAGUAAGAGAAAAUUUUCAGGUUUUAUACAGGCCAGUAAGAGGAAAUUUUCAGGUUUUAUACAGGCCAAUAAGAGAAAAUUUUCAGGUUUUAUACAGGCCAGUAAGAGAAAAUUUUCAGGUUUUAUACAGGCCAGUAAGAGAAAAUGUUCAGGUUUUAUACAGGCCAGUAAGAGAAAAUUUUCAGGUUUUAUACAGGCCAGUAAGAGAAAAUGUUCAGGUUUUAUACAGGCCAGUAAGAGGAAAUUUUCAGGUUUUAUACAGGCCAGUAAGAGGAAAUUUUCAGGUUUUAUACAGGCCAGUAAGAGAAAAUUUUCAGGUUUUAUACAGGCCAGUAAGAGAAAAUUUUCAGGUUUUAUACAGGCCAGUAAGAGAAAAUUUUCAGGUUUUAUACAGGCCAGUAAGAGAAAAUUUUCAGGUUUUAUACAGGCCAGUAAGAGGAAAUUUUCAGGUAAGAGGAAAUUUUCAGGUUUUAUACAGGCCAGUAAGAGGAAAUUUUCAGGUUUUAUACAGGCCAGUAAGAGGAAACUUUCAGGUUUUAUACAGGCCAGUAAAAGGAAAUUUUCUGUUUCAGUGGAAAGCUUCACUACUCCUGGACAACCCCUGGAAGACAAGAUGGCCGCCUUUCUUUGUCGGACAAUAGCAGGAGAACCACAGAAGUUGCUGGUGUCACUGAUUGGUUACCAGGAGAGCACCACAGUAGUCGCUGGUGUCACUGACUGGGUGGUUCAUACCAUCAAAGAAAUCAGAUUGGGAAUGAAGAGUAUCAAAACCAAACCAUUCUUCACGCUUCCUCUGAAGAACCAGCACAUGGAUACUGGUAAACAAUUGUCAUGGCGAUGUGAGGCAAGGUCUAAACCUCUUGCUGUUUAUACGUGGUACAAGAACGGUCAGCCUCUCUUUAAUAAUUCUGAUGUCAUUGUCAUACGCAACACCCUCGUCAUACAAAGUCUUGAAAAGGUACACAGUGGCAUGUACCAGUGUGCUGCUAGCAAUAUCCACGGCACCACCAUGAGCUCUGCUCAACUCCGGGUCCUAGAAUUCCCACCGACCUUCAUCAAGUCUCCCCUACCAUCCUCAAUGAUGGCAGCCAGGUUGGGAAAUGUCACCAUCGCCUGUAAUCCUGAAGCGGCACCUUACCCAAAGUUUUUGUGGUUGUACAGAGGCACUGAUAUGAACCUACGUGAAGGUGAUACAACGUCACGAAUUCGCUUGCUUGCUAACGGCAACCUGCAUCUUACACAGCUGAGUGAUGCAGAUGAAGGAACAUACACUUGUAAAGUGGAAAAUGAUUUAGGUUCUGCCAUGAGUUCCACACACCUGAAAAUACUGACAAGGACAUUUAUAAGUGUUCCUCCACUGAAGCGAGAAGUGAUCAUCAACAGCACAGCAUUUAUACCGUGUCAGGCAUCAUUUGACCCUGCCCUUGACCUCAUCUAUACCUGGCAACUCAACGGACAUGAUAUUGACAUCCAACGUGACAAUAACUACCAGCUGGGUGACAGAGGAAGAGGAGGACUUUAUAUCCGUAGAGCCCAAUUUCGUCACCAGGGAGAAUACACCUGCUUCGCAAAGACACCAGUCGACCAAGAUUUUGCCUCUAAUACAUUAACAGUGCUUGGUCCACCAGGGGAACCAGCUGGUGUACAUAAUUACCUUGCCAGUCCCCCUCCCAACCCUCGCUCAGCCAGGAUCAUAUGGUCAGAUGGAAAGCGUAAUGGCCGCCCCAUCAACUUCUACAUGAUUGAGGCCCAGACCAAUUACUCCUCAAAAUGGUUUCUACAGACAGUGAAUAUUUCCCAGCCCAGUGCUGUAUUAGUUGGAGAUUCCAACAAACGUUCUGCUAUAGUGGAUAAUCUCAAACCAGGUGUGGCUUACCGAUUCAGAGUGUUGGCUGCCAACAUGUAUGGUUUUGGUACUCCAAGCUUGCCAACAGAUUUUAAGACAAUUCAAGGAGCUCCCCCUGAAGUGCCUCCAGAAAUGGUAGGGGGCGGAGGGGGUAAAGUAGGAGAGCUUCGAAUGACAUGGAAGCCCCUCCCUCCAGAGGAUCAGGGUGGUUGGGGGAUUGGCUACCUGGUGGAGUGGAAACUGAGACAGAUUGAUAUUGGCACUUCACGUUCUACGUGGGCUCAGGCUCGUGUCUAUGGCAACAAAAGUGAGUUCUCCACCACAGUUGGUUCCGAAUUAACCUAUGUUGAGUAUGAAGUGAGAGUGACACCCUUCAAUAACUUUGGGGAUGGUAAAGCUUCACUCACCUCCUUUGUCUACUCAGCUGAGGGAUUGCCAGUCAGUGCCCCCACAAAGGUGUACGCCAACAGCUACAAUAGUACUGCCAUCAGUGUCCACUGGACACCAGUCAAAAACACCAUUGAGAGCAUGAAAGGCCGUCUCCGUGGUUACAAGGUUAACUAUUGGCUGAGAGAAGGAGGAGAUGAGACGCACGCUACACAGGCCAUUUUCUACGGAGACAUUGACCGAGCUAUCAUCAUCGGCCUCCUACCAGACACCUGGUACUUUGUCAAUGUGCAGGUGUUUAAUACUGCUGGCAACGGUCAGAAGAGUGAGAAGUACCCCCAGGAGACUGACCUAUACCGUCCCAUGCUGUACCCUACAGAGGUUCAAGUCCACUCUCAUGGCUCAGAAUCUGUCAAGGUGACCUUCAGAGGGAUAUCUACCCAGGUGGAGGAGGAACCCCUAAGGGGCUACAAGAUAAAAUACUGGGAGACAUCUGAAGAUAUUCGUCAGGCCAGAACUUUAGAUGUUGAAAAGGCCAACGAAGGGGUUAUUUAUGGACUAAAGAAAGGAAUUGUCUACAAGCUCAGGGUAAUGGGCUACAGUCAGGGAGGCGAAGGGAAAAUGUCCUCACCAGCUACACUGUUCACAAUGGCUGGUGGCAGUAUUCCUUACGAUCCGACCUCUACAGAUAUUAUAGCCACAGCCUCCAGCCACUCUGUGUCUAUGAAAAUCACAGUGAUAUGUGUGGUAGUGUCUCUGUUGCUCUCCAUUACCUAA